AAUCGAAUACCCUAGGCCCCUCCCUUCCUAUUUUGUCGUUCAUUUCUCCGGGCCUCACUGUCGUCUUCAUCGCCGCCGUGAGCGUCGUCGGCGUUCCUCCACCACUCGCAUCGUCUUCCAUCGCAGUCGUCCUCGUAUUCGGCGUAUCUCCUUGGUCUUUGUCCGCGGUAGAUGCGGCAGAAACCUCUCUGACCUGUGCAAUUCAGUCUUCUUCAUCAAACACAGAACUUCCAUUUCUAAAGCAUUUGUGCCACCUCAAUGAGAGGAAACAUUGGAUUUGGAACAAGGCUUCCUAACACCAAUAUCUCCCAUGCUAGACAAACACUGGUUCCAUACUCAACUUUCUCCAAUUCAGGUGCAGGUGGCCGUGGCCGUGGUCGUGGCAGUGGCAGCCCUCUCACUAGUGAACAAGCCCUGGGCAAGCCCGACUUCAAUGAGUCAAAAUCUGACUCACCCGAGUCACCCAUUCCUCCUGGUUCUGGACCUUCUGGUCUUGGUCAUGGCCGAGGCAAGCCCCUUCCUCCUCCUUCCUCAGGCCGCCCUUCAUUCUCAUCCUUUUUAUCUUCUUUAAAACCACAAUCCACAGGCCGUGGCCAAGUCACCAGUCAACCGUUAUCUCAACCAACUAAUGAUUCAGGACCCAAAAAACCUAUGUUCUUUAAAAGAGAUGAUAGCAGUAGUCCAACAACUGAAACUAAACCCAUUUCUAGCAUUGGCAAUCGUGAGGCCAGUAAUAAACUUCUGGGGAAUAUGGCGGGGGUGUUGUCAGGACUUGGGAGGGGAAAGCCAAUGAAGCAGACUGAUCCAGAGAACCAAGUCAAGGAAGAGAAUCGGCAUCUACGUGCCCCACAAACUUCGGACGCCACUGCAUCUAAGACUGUGUCUAAGAGUCAAGCAGCACUAAGUCGGGAAGAUGCUGUAAGGAAUGCACGACAAAUUUUAUCACAAGUAACGGAUAAAGGAGGUGCCACUGGCAGAGGAAGAGGACAAUUUGCAGCUGGGCCUGGUCAAGGUAGAGGCCAGGGCCGAGGACGAGAUGGGAGGGAAAGGUUCAGAGGGAGGGACAGAGGAGAAAGGGAUGGUCGGGAUCAGCGUAUUGAUACCUCUUCAGCAGGGGUUUAUUUUGAAGAUCCAGAUGAUAGUGGUGAGAAGUUAGCUGAGAAGGUUGGGCCUGAGGUGAUGAAUCAAUUGGUUGAAGGAUUUGAGGAGUUGGCUGAUACAGUUUUACCCUCACCAUUGUAUGAUGAAUAUUUGGAUGCAUUGGACAUAAAUUGUGCGAUAGAAUUUGAACCAGAAUAUUUGAUGGGUGAGUUUGAUAGGAAUCCAGAUAUUGAUGAGAAACCGCCAAUUCCACUAAGGGAUGCACUUGAGAAGGUGAAGCCUUUCUUGAUGGUGUAUGAAGGGAUUAAGAGCCAAGAAGAAUGGGAGGAAAUAAUGGAAGAGACAAUGGCAAGUGUUCCAUUAUUGAAGAAGAUUGUUGAUCACUACAGUGGACCAGAUAGGGUGACCGCAAAGACACAACAAGAAGAAUUAGAAAGAGUAGCUAAAACUCUUCCUCAAAAUGCGCCAUCUUCUGUGAAGCAAUUUACUGAUCGUGCUGUCCUUUCUCUUCAGAGCAACCCGGGCUGGGGAUAUGACAAGAAAUGCCAGUUCAUGGAUAAGCUAGUUUGGGAGGUUUCUCAGCAUUACAAAUGAGCUCUUAGUUUGCUCUUUGGGUUACAUACUUGUGUUUUAAGGUUUACGAUAUCCAUUGUUGAGUGGGUAAGUCCUCUUGCAGCGGUUUUUAAAUCUGAAUUCAUUUGUUCUUUCUUUUUUGUAGAAGAUGGUGCCAUAAAUUUUGUAAUAAUUGGUCAUGGGUGUAACAUAUACCUUGUAACAUCGUGGCAUUUAUUGUCGGAAAUAUCCUACUUAUACUACUGGAAAGUAAUACUAAUAAUUAUUACAGGUAGUUGUAUGAUCUAGCUGAUUUAUCUCUU